AUGGUUACCAAUGAACAGAGACAUAAAUUCAAAUGCCUGGUGGUUGAUUCAGGUCCUUUGAUUAAAGGAGCAAAUAUUCGCCCGCUGGCCGAAAAAAUAUACACGGUCCCUGAAGUAAUAUCUGAAAUUCGCGACAAACAUUCUCGUGAUUUUUUGAGUCAAAUUUCAUUUGAAAUAGAAGUCAAAAAUCCUACUCAAGAUGCUUUGAAAGAAGUUGUGAAUUUCUCGAAAAAAUCGGGGGACUAUGCUAAUUUAUCAGCGGUUGAUCUGAGAGUUUUGGCAUUGACAUACAUGCUUGAGGUUGAAGCUAAUGGCACAAAACGUUUACAAAAAGAGCCACUCAAAUUUUGCGUCAGACAAGGUGGAAACCAUGAUUCCACGAAAAUUGCGAGAGAAAACGAAGACAACGAUUGUAAAUCACAUAAAGAUGCCAAUGUUCAUGACAUUACGACAAACUUGGGGAGCCUAAUUCUCUCAGAAAAUACCAUUGAAAACGAGAAUAAAUCAAUACGAGAUAACAUAUCGGUCACAGAUAAUUUUACUGAUCUGACUAACAAAUUUGAAGAUGAUUUUAAGAACAACGAGAUCUCUAAAACAUUGACAAAAAAUGAAAUAACCACAAAGUCAUCUGUGGGGGUAAAUAUAAGAGCCUCGCCAAAUGAUGAUUUUGUACAAGAUCCUCAUCAGUUGGAGCAAGAAAAAACUUCAGGCGAAAAUGGGACCACCAGUUCGCAAGAUGAAGAUGUUCCCGAAUCACCGGACAACCAAAGUUCUCCUGAUCACUAUAGUGGUGAAAGUGACGAUGCAGAUGAUUGGAUAACUCCAGAUAACAUAAAGAGCUAUCAGGAGAAAGAUCAAAAUUUAACAAUAAAAUCUAAUAGAAACUCUAUAUACAUUAAGGUCGCCUGUAUGACAACAGAUUAUACUAUACAGAAUGUGUUACUACAGAUGCACUUGAAUCUGGUAUCUGUCGAAGGAUUGAGAAUUAACAAAGUGAAAAAUUGGGUUCUCCGAAUUACCGCCAAUAUGGAGAAGCAAUUUUGUCCUACUUGUGGCAAUGCCACUUUGAUUCGCACUUCCACUAGCACUGAUGCAAACGGCAAGGUGACAUAUUACUUGAAAAAGAAUUUUCAAUAUAAUCUACGUGGAACAAAGUAUUCGAUACCCGAGCCGAAAGGUGGUCGCCACGCUAAUAAUAUAAUUCUUCGCGAAGAUCAAAAGGAGUAUCAAAGAGCAUUAAAACAACAUCGCAAAAAAAAGGAGGUGGAUAUUUUUGAUCCUGAUUAUGUUCCUCAGUUAAUGAUUGGGUCAACUUUUUCAAUGUCCAGUGGACCUCCAGUAAUAGGUUAUGGUCGUAGAAAUCCUAAUGAAUCCAGGCGAGGAAAAGGAAAAAGGAAGAAAAGGCGAUAA